AUGCUAAUCCUAGAACAUUGUGCCCAUUUGGAGGAAAUCAACACUUCCAUUGGAGAUGUCAAGCGCCUCAUUUCCUUGAACUUGAGCAGCUGUAGGAGUCUCGAGAAGUUACCCAAACAAUUGGGCGAACUAGAAAAUUUGGAGGAACUUGUCAUAGACCGGACUUGGAUAAAAGAAAUCCCUCCAUGUAUAGGAUCUUUAAAGAAGCUGAAGAGGCUUAGUGCCAUGUAUUGUCUUCUACCAGCUGAAGUUCCUAGUCCGGUAAGUUCUUUGUUAGCGGAAUGCUACAAGUUGCAACAGAUCCCUUCUUCAAUUGGUAAGUUGGGAGAGUUGGUUGAGUUGGACUUGUCAAAUACAUGGAUUAAGGAAUUACCCGAAUCCAUUGGGGAAUUGAAAAAAUUGAAAAUUCUAAGGAUUUUUUGUAGUCAGAUAGAAGAGUUACCAAGCUCUAUUGGAAAAUUGCAAAGCCUCCAAGAGUUCGAUGCCGACGGAUGCUUUUACCUGAAAGCAGAAAUUCAUGUUGAUAAAGGCGGAUUGUCUUCUCUAAAAACCCUUUGUUUAGGCAGAGCAAAAAUUUCUUGCUUGCCGGAAAACUUAGAUCAGCUUUCUUCUCUCGAACACCUCAAUUUACUUGGCUGUAGAGACCUUCAAUCACUCCCAAAACUUCCUUUUAGCUUAUCAUGCCUACGGCUUACCCAUGAGAGCAAUGAGCUGCCAUCGCUCUCUCACCUGAAGCAUCUAAAGGAGCUUGUCCUUUGGCUUUGCAAGUCUCUUCAAAGCAUCCCAGAGCUUCCCUCUUGCAUACGAAAGCUUUGUGUUGAGAGAUGUCCCAAAUUGGAAAGGUUGCCAAAGCUUUCCGAUUUGGAAUUUUUGUCGGAAUUAGGACUCGUGGGAUGCAAUGGGCUAAAGAAAUUGGAUGGACUGGAAGCUUUAAAAUCCCUUGGAGAGUUAAACCCAUCCAGAGAGUCAGAGUUGUUCAACCUCGACGACUUUGUUGCAAAGGUAGAUAAACUCCAUGCAAUACCGGGCCUUGAAAAAUUGGGAUCCCUGGAAGUGGUGGAUAUCUCAGGGUGCAAGCACAUUGAAGUACUGGACCUUUCAAAGUCGAAGGAUCUGAAGGAGUUGAUUGUUAGGAAUUGCGAAAGCUUAGUUGAAAUCCAUUGCCCUAGUAAUUUUCUGGAGCACUUUGAUAGGCAUGGAUGCAAGUCACUAAAGAAAUUACCGGCCUUUUUACCACCUGAUAGGGCACGAUUCAAUUACCGGACUUUUACCACAUGUCCUCAUGGGAGGAAAUUGAAAAUAUUGAGGCACUACGUUUGGACGAAAUGGGCUCUAGAGAGUUCGUUGAGCAAGAGAGCUUCAAAAAAAAUGCCUAACUUGAAGUUCCUUCAUGUGAAGGAUGUGGAUUUUGGUGGAGAUUUUGAAGGAUUAUUUUCUGAAUUAAGAUGGUUAAAGUGGGAGAGACGUCGUGACUCUUUCGAGGUGACUAACUUUCAUUUUGAGAAAUUAGUCAUACUUGAUUUAUCAGACGGUGAUAUUAGUGAAAAGUGGAGAGGAUGGAGUUCAAUUAAGAUGGAGAGGCUGAAAGUUCUCGAUCUUUCGCGGUGCUCUAGAUUAAAGAGCACCCCUAAUCUCUCUGCAUUUAAAAAUUUAAAGAUGCUAAUCCUAAAAGAUUGUGCUCAUUUGAAGGAAAUCGACCCUUCGAUUGGAGAUGUCAAGCACCUCGUUUCCUUGAACUUGAGGUGCUGUUGGAGUCUCAAGAAAUUAUCCGAACAAUUGGGCAAACUAGAAAAUUUGGAGGAACUUGUCAUAGACCAUAUCGGGAUGCGAGAAAUCCCUCCAUGUAUAGGAUCUUUGAAGAAGCUGAAGAGGCUUAGUGCCUCGUGGAGUUGGCGAUCGACUGAAGUUCCUAGCUCAAUAAUCCAUCCAGUAAGUUCGUUGUUAACGGAAUGCUACAAGUUGGAACAAAUCAAUUCUUCAAUUGGUAAGUUGGGAGAGUUGGUUGAGCUAGACUUGUCGGAUACAGGGAUUAAGGAAUUACCCGAAUCCAUUGGGGAAUUGACCAAAUUGAAAAUUCUGAGGAUUUGUAAUAGCCAGAUACAAAGGUUACCGAGCUCUAUUGGAAAAUUACAAAGCCUCCAAGAGCUCGAUGCUGACGAAUGUCAUAACCUGGAAGGGCAAAUUCUUAUUGAUGAAGGUGGAUUGUCUUCUCUAAAGACUGUUCGUUUAGGUUGUACAAAAAUUUCUGGCUUGCCGGAAAACUUAGAUCAGCUUUAUUCUCUCGAACACCUUGAUUUAAUUGGCUGUGGAGAGCUUCAAUCACUACCAAAACCUCCUUUUAGCUUAUCAUCCUUGCGGCUUACCUGUCGGAGCAACGAGCUGCCAUUGCUCUCUCACCUAAAGCAUCUAAAGGAGCUCACCCUUCAUUUUUGCAUGUCUCUUCAAAGCAUCCCAGAGCUUCCCUCCUGCAUACGGACACUUCACGUUUGGGGAUGUCCCAAAUUGGAAAGGUUGCCAAAGCUUUGCGAUUUGGAAUUUUUGUCGAAAUUAGGGCUUGCGGAAUGCAAUGGGCUGAAGAAAUUGGAUGGAGUGGAAGCUUUAAAAUCCCUAAGAGUGUUGGACCUAUCCAAAGGGCGAGAGUGGUCCAUCCUCAACGACUUUGAUGCAAAGGAAGAUAAUCUCCAUGCGAUACAAGGCCUUGAAAAAUUGGGAUCCCUGGAAGUGGUGGAUAUCUCUGCGCGCAAGCACAUUCAAGUACUGGACCUUUCAAAGUCAAAGCAUCUAAAGACAUUGAUUGUUAGGGAUUGCAAAAGCUUAGUUGAAAUUCGUUGCCCUAGUAAAUUCCUAGAGCACUUUGAUAGGGAUGGGUGCGAGUCACUCAAGAAAUUACCUAACUUUUUACCACACGGCGAGCUAUGGUCGGAUCUUGAUGAGGAAGCUUACUGA